UAAAUUUCUGCAGUGUACCCCUCAACACUUUCAGGGGGGAAAGUAACACUCUCUGCCACCGUUUCCUGCUGAAGCUGGUUCACAGACAGGAUAUCACACUUUUAGUUGGCUCUCCAUGCCAGAAACACAAUGGACUGGAUAAUUACUCUGACACUUUUCUGUUCAGUGCUAAAAGCUGCAGUCGGCUUUAAUGUUGAUUCUGGGUCUUGGAAAACCCUGAGUGAAGGUGAUGAAAGUUUUGGCUACCAGGUGGUGCAAAGACAAUCAGAUAUGCUUGUCAGCGCACCACUACUGCAGUAUGAUAAGAAUAAAAGGGGACAGAUAUAUCGGUGCAACCCAAGAGAGAAGAGAUGUAGCAGUCUUCUCGCUCUAGAGCAAAGAGCUGCUGUCAACAUGUCUCUUGGUUUGACGAUGGCCAAUGAUCCGUCAACACAAAACACAAUGGUCUGUGGUCCCACCAUUCCCAGAGACUGCACAACUAUCACCAUGUCUAAUGGUUUGUGCUAUGAGAUUGAUCAACAUGAUACGAUUGAAAAGUCUUACCCGUCUGCCACUGAAGAGUGUCGAACCCAAGCUGACAUUGCAUUUCUGUUGGAUGGCUCAGGGAGUGUAGCCGAUGAUGAUUUUAUCAGAAUGAAAACAUUUGUGAAAAAUCUUAUCAAAACAUUCCUGGGAAGAGAUACACAGUUUGCCAUUACCCAGUUUUCUGAUGAUCCAAGAACAGAAUAUUACUUUAAUACUUUUAACACUUCCGACUGGGAAUCUCAGAUUAAAAAGAUCCGUCAAUUAACUGGAAAAACGUUUACAGCUAAAGCCAUCCAAAAUGUUGCGAAUGAUGUCUUCUCACCACAAAAGGGUUCCAGAUCAAAUGUGAAAAGGAUUUUGAUAGUGAUUACAGAUGGCGAAUCAAAUGACCCCGAUCAAUUAUCAACAGUAACACAAUCAGCUGAUGAAAAGAAAAUAGUUCGAUUUGUUAUUGGGGUGGGGGACGCAUUCACAAGUCCAAAAGCAAAACAAGAGCUCAGAAAGAUUGCAUCUCAACCUUCUGACAAUUUUGUGUUUGAAGUGGGAAGCUUUGAUGCUCUUGGCAGAAUACAGGAGACCUUGCAGGCCAAAAUUUUUUCCAUUGAAGGAUCUCAAGGGACUGGAGAGACACUGAAACAAGAAAUGUCUCAAGAAGGAUUCAGAGCAGCUUAUGUGUCUGGGAUAAAUAACAUCAAAUAUAUUCAGAUGACUAUGGUUGGUGCUAACCAGUGGAAAGGAGGCUACAAGAAAUACUUGCUUAGUAAUGUUUUAAACAACGUCACAUUUGAGCCAUCGUCCAUUGAGAUUGACAGUUACCUUGGUUAUUCCAUGGCUCUCGCUAAAACCAACAACGGCCCACUGACAAUUCUUGGUGCUCCAAGAAAUGAACACAAAGGAAUUGUUAUGACUGUUUUCAAAGAACAACCGAGAGAUAAAUUCAGACCCCUUGAACAACAGACUGGUGAAUAUUUUGGGGCUGAGGUUUGUGCCAUGGAUGUGGAUAAUGACGGUGUGACUGAUCUAAUCCUCAUAUCCUCUCCAAUGUACAAAGACAUUGAUAGAGAAGGACGAGUUUAUGUCUGUGAAUUAAGUGGUUUGCAUGUGCAAUGUCACUUUCAUAAUCCAUCACAAAUAACCACACUAAGAGGUGAUGCGUCUGUCAGAGGGAGGUUUGGCUCGUCUCUUGCUGUUCUGCCUGAUAUAAAUGCAGACACAUUCAAUGAUUUGGCUGUUGGAGCUCCUUUGGAGAAUGAUGGCCAAGGCAGCAUCUACAUAUUUCAAGGAGAAGGAGGAAGAAAAAUAAAUCCUACUUAUUCACAGAGAAUUGCUGCAUCUGCCGUCCAAUCAGGCCUGAAGUUAUUUGGCAUCUCAAUCAGUCAGUCUUCCUACGAUCAGAGUGGUGAUGGACUUCCUGACUUAGCAGUGGGUUCAAAGGGAAAAGUUGUCAUACUCAGAUCCAGACCAGUUGUAACAGUGACUGCCACUGUGUCGUUCAACCCAAAUCAAAUCCCGACUCAAAACCCAGACUGUUCAGAACCACUGCCAAGCAAGGCUACUGUCUGCUUUACUAUGAGCAAACUGUCUAAUGUGAAUGAAGCUCAAGCACAGGUUAAUUUCACUUUAACGUUGGACGCAAAUCGGAAGAUACCAAACAACCGAGCUGAGAUCAGCAAGGAUGUGAGGUACAAGAGUGGAUCUCUUAAUCUUAAUUUAAAUAGGAAAGAAUGCAUUGAUGUGAACUUUUUUAUUGAGUCUUGUCCAGAAGAUGCUCUCAAUCCACUCAAUAAUGAGCUCAGAUUCACGUUUGAUGGUUUACCUUCUGGCUCAAACCCUAGACCAAGCCUUUCGCCACAGGUUCAAACCACAACCUCAAAUUCUCUUGGCUUUAUGAUCAGUUGUGGAGCUGAUAAAGUUUGUGAAGAUCACUUGAGGGUGGAUUUCAACUUCACUACAUCUUCAGUGGUUAAAGUUGGAAUAGAUGAACUUCUCAAUGUGACUGUGUUUGUGGAAAACAUAGGGGAAAACUCAUACAACAGUCACAUUAUUCUCACAUACCCAGUUGGGCUCUCCUACAGGAAGGUUAAAUCUGAGAAAGGAAGAAUUGAAUGCAACUCUGUGGACAGUGAGGAUGGUGUAACAAAAGGAAAGACAGUCUGUAGCGUCGACAAACCAAUAUUCAAAAGCAACUCCAUGGCAAUCUUCAUCGUCUCCUAUGGUCACAACACCAACAGUGAUCUUGGUAGAAAGAUCGAAGUGACUGCGAAGGCCACCAGUGACAAUGAACGUCACUCCUCUUCUAGUGAAGUCGACAAAAACAAAUACAUUGAUGUCAAGUAUAGUGUUUUUAUUGCAAUUGAAAGCUCCCUCAGCUACAACAAUUUCACAUUUGGAGAAAAUGCUGCUCAGAAAAAAUUUCAGCAAAAAAUAAAGGUUACUAACACCAUUAGACCACUAAAUUUUACUGUGGUGAUUAAAGUUCCUGUAAAACUUGGUGACAAAGACAUCUGGAUGGACAUGAGCAGUUUUCAGAUUCCAGGCUGUCAGAGAAGCAGAGAUGAAGAACCCACUGUCACUGAUUUUGUUGAUAAGAUAAAAGAAAAGAAAAUAUUGGACUGCACCGUAGCAAAGUGCAGAGUGUUCAGGUGCUACCAGUUCAUGGAAAGGAACAAGGACAAAACGUACACCAUCUCUGCAAACAUCAGCUCAGGAUGGAUAGAACAGAUCGGACUUUCAUCUGCGAAGUUCCUCCUGACCAGUACAGCCAGUCUAGAGUAUGAUGAGAACCAGUAUGUCUUCUUCUCUACAACCUCUAAUAAUGACCCUCCUGUUCGCAAGAUUGAAGCAGAGGUAGAAGUGUUUCCUAAACCAAAUUUCAUUAAAGAGAUUAUAGGAGGAUCUCUGGGAGGAUUGGCCUUUCUGAUUCUACUUACUGCCGGUCUGUAUAAGGCUGGAUUUUUCAAGAGCAAAUAUAAUGAGAUGAUUAGUGAAAAUGAAGGAGAAGACAAAGACGCACUAGCAGAGGGAUGAAAUUGCCUCUUACUUGUUAUGUCCAUCCAGUACCUUUGUAAUGAUUACUGUUUCUAUGAAAUGGCCUUUUAAUUUAGUGAAUGUACCAAACACAAUGUGUAUUUAUCAAACCAUUCUAGUUUGAACAACAAACAAUAAUAAAAUGUUUGUUGUUGUAAACAGUAAAGGUAUGUAUAGAAUAACUGGUAAAAAUUUAGUUUUUAUUAAUGUUAGGGAAGUGUUGAGGGUACAUUCUCUCUUUUAAAACUGCAAUUGAAGACACAAAAGAGAGCUUUGCACUGUUGCUCACAGUUACUGGGGACUUAAAGGGUUUAAUAAUGUCGAUGUGUAAAGAACCUGAAACACAAAAUGAACUAUCCACAAAUUCAAUGUAAUGUUUCAAAACCUUUUCUAGUAGUGUCUUAAAAAUGAAUGUUAUGAGUUUGUUUUGCACUCUGAAUAAACGUUUUGUAUUUACAUGUUUUAUCGUUACCAGGUGAUUUCAUGAUGGACAAAAGAAACAUAACAGUCAGAGAUUAUCAAAUAGUUCGAAAAACAACAUGCUUUAAGCUGCUUGAAGACUAAAAAAAGUGUCCGUGCUUGACAAAACCAUGUAAAUAGCUUUGUUUAGAAAUAAAUAAUAUAUGCAAUAUAAA